AAAAAAGACAAGAGUUGUAGAGAGAAAAUUCCGAAAUGAAUGAGAUAACGAGUGUGACCUACAAUUUACGACGUAAGCAUGUUUUCGACAGAUCUCAAAAUAAUGAAAUAGAACAAUUAUAAAAAACACGACGCAGAGGAGGCAGGACACACGUUUCUCAAAAUAAAACGCUUGCACCAGAGAUGUCCCCGAAUCCCAAUGAGCCAUCGUCGCUAUUUGGUAUCAGUUGAUGUUAACAUACACAAACUUAUAGGCACACACAUUUAAAUGGGAUAUUGUUACUGUGUUUGAAAUUACUUCAACUCACCCUGUGAAAAGUUUUCUCGCUUCUCUUCGCAUUUCCCCUAUUGUUUUAUAUCAGAAAUGGAUCAACGGAUCAACGGGACUCUGAGAGAGAGGUCGCGUAGGCCUGUUAGAAACAAAAGAUACAGCAGAAAAAACUUUGGAGAAGAAAAAAAGCCACAAAAACGAUUGUUUACUCCUGAAAUUAAACGUUUCUUAAAGGACUGGUUGGUAAGACGAAGGGACAAUCCCUAUCCUAACAGAGACGAAAAAAAAUUGCUGGCCAUAGAAACAGGACUGACAUACAUUCAGGUUUGCAAUUGGUUUGCUAAUUGGCGACGAAAAUUAAAAAAUGCGGGCCACGAGCCCCAGAAGAAAACAUGGGGCCACUUAAUAAAAUCUUACAAUAAUCAAGUGCGGGGUAACGUAGAGCACUUUUCCAUAUGUUCAGACGACAGCAUCUGGCAAGAAGCGGAAUCUUUUGAGUCGCAAGAAGAACAAAUAAAUUUUAAGGGUGUCGAAGAAGGGUGCGAAAAUGAUGAUGCCACUGUUGAAAAUACAAAUUACUAUAAAAAUAACUGCUGUGCAGUAGGAGAUAAAAACCAAAAUUUUCCUGUUCAUUCUUCUCGUCAAUGUAACAAAAAUAUAGUUAAUGGCUGCAUAACGUCAACUGAUCGUGAGCGUGAAGAGGCGAAUCCGUUCUCUCAGCACUCCAGCAAAUAUAAAAAUCAUAUAAUGGAAAAAUACUUAAGAGAUUGCCAAAAACCAUAUUUUGUGGAACCUGAAGAUGUUGAUAAAUGUAAUGAAAAUGAAUUAGACAAUAAACCUUCAAUGAUCUCCAAAUGGAUCGAAAGCGCACAGAACUUUCAGCCUAGUGAAUACAGUUACGUUCAAUGGACAUUCCCAAAAUCGCAAAAACGUAAGUCAAAAAAACAAGAAAGAGAUGACACAGAAAUUUAUCAACACCACGGAAGAGAAGAACUGGACGCUGCAGAAGCAUUAACAAAACUGGCCCUCGCAAAUGCUCAUUGUUUUACAAAUUAGAAACUAUGAAGUGUUACGAAACGUUAGCUAAAUUUAGAAAAAUAUUAUUUAUCUUCUAUAGUAUUCCAAAAAAUGUAUCUACGUUAGAGGAGCUUAAUUUUUCAAAAUGUUUUGAACGAUUGUAUUUAAUUUUUUAUUUGCCUUUAAAAAAACAGAAUUAAAACAUAACAUAUUCCAAAAUAGUUUUUGUGUUAAGUAAAUUUUGUUAUCAAAUUAAAAUGAAAAACGGUAUUAUAGUUUUUCUGUUGUUAAAUGAUGGAAAUGUAAUUUUAAUUCAAUUUGUAAACUUACCUCGUGGUAAUUCUACAUAAUUACUUUUUUCAAAAUGGUGUACUAUUCAUUUUCAUAAAGAAAACUACUUAUUAGACCAAGAACAUUACUGAGCUGGAACAUUCAUCAUCAUAUGGUUGUCAGUCCUACGACUGGUUGGACACGUACCUCCACUCUUUCCUAUCCUAAACUAA